CUAUAAAUACCAAGGAAUCACCUGUGUUGCGGGGCAGAUAACUCAGCACCUCUGUUCUUGGUUGCAUACGAAAAAUGGCAGCUCCCGAGGAGGUGACUUUCAUGGAAGCGUUCUCUGCAAAUCAGAGUGCAGUAGCCAGAGAAAAUGCAGCUUUACUACACAGAAGUGGCAAUUCGCUUGCUGUCUUAUCUGACGAGAUUGAAAUGCAGAGCAUUGUAAUCCCCGGGGAAGCAAGUUCCUGCCCUCCUGAAACUACAGACCAGUGGUUGCAAUCCAUAAUGAAUGAUGGGUCUACAAGCAAUAGAAAUCAAAAGCCCAGGAUACAGAAGGUCCCGAGGAUGCUGCGCAAGAUCAAAUCCAACGAGAAUUGCUACGAACCGCACGUGGUUUCAAUUGGUCCUUACUACCAUGGGAAGCGGGAGCUCGAAGCAGUGGAGAAGCUCAAGGUUCCAAUGGCACGAGAUUACAUAGAAAGCUGUAAUACCAGUGGGUUGUCAGUUCGUGCGAUGUAUGACAAGGUUGCAGCGGUGGCGGUUGAAGCAAGGCAGUGCUAUGCGAAGGACGCAACGAAAGGCCUGGACAAUGAGGCCUUUGCUCAGAUGAUGUUCCUGGACGGCUGCUUCAUUCUCCAGUUCAUUUAUUAUUAUGAAGAAAACAAGCAUGCAGAAAUGAAGAUGAGAAGCCUGGAAAUUGCUUUCGUGCGGCGGGACUUGUUCUUGUUGGAGAAUCAACUCCCUUUUCUCGUCCUCAAGGUGCUGAUGAGCUUGAGGUUUCAAGAAGAAGAAGGGAUAAAUAAGAUCAACAGUUUCAUUGAGCAUACAAGGGCACUCCCCCCUCCGGGAAGGCCUCUGUUAAACAGCGAAAAUCAGCCUGAUAAAGAACCAGCUCACCUACUUGACCUACUACGGGCUCAGCUCAUCAAGUUGCCGGAUAAAAAAAUUGCUACCAAGUCCAAUAAUAGGAGCAGUCUUUGGUACUCAUAUCGAUCAGUAAAGGAGCUGAAGACAGCGGGAAUCAAAUUUAGGCCCAGCAAAACACGGAGUUUCAGAGACAUCAUGUUUGAGCAGUGUUGCGUAGUAGGAUUUCUCAAACUCCCUCCAGUAACUGUAGAUGACUCAACCAAGUCCAUUCUUCUGAACUUGGUAGCCUACGAGGCAUGCCCUGAUGCCCCUGAUGACUUGGGGGUCACCUCUUACAUAUGCUUCAUGGAUUCACUGAUUGAUCAUGCAGAGGACGUGAAGGAGCUGCAAUCCAAGGGCAUACUCUUGAACUACCUGGGUAGCGACCAGCAGGUGGCUGAUCUGUUCAACGAGAUAGCCAACAAUUUGGUGGACAAUCCUGAGCUUUACAUGGAAGUCAGGAUGCGGAUUGAGGAACAUUACAAGAACAGGUUUAGAGUAUGGAUCGCGGAGGGGCUGAACACCCAUUUCAGUAGCCCUUGGACUUUUCUGGCUUUCUUUGGUGCUUUUUUUGCAAUUUUUCUGACUUCUGUUCAAACUUACUAUGCAGUCUUCUCUCGGAAGUAAUGCUACUUACGGUUUUCGGAAUUA